GGCCGGGGGCGGGGCCUCGGCGGCAUGGAGGAGGCGGAGGCCGCGGCGGGCCGGGCGGAGCGGGGCCGGCCCGAGAGGGCCCCGCGCGGGGCCCAGGGCCCCUGAACCUUCCCUGAAGGCAUGGGUUCAGGACGGCGGUGACCCUCCCAUCCGGCAUGGACGACUGGAAGGCCAGCCCCCUCGCCAAGCCCUUCGGGGCUCGCAAGAAGAGGAGCUGGUACCUUACCUGGAAGUACAAACUGACCAACCAGCGGGCCCUGCGGAGAUUCUGUCAGACAGGGGCUGUGCUUUUCCUGCUGGUGACUGUCAUCGUCAACAUCAAGUUGAUCCUGGACACACGACGGGCCAUCAGCGAGGCCAAUGAAGACUUGGAGCCAGAGCAAGACUAUGAUGAGGCCCUGGGCCGGUUGGAGCCCCCACGACGCAGGGGCGGCGGCCCCCGGAGGGUCCUGGACGUGGAGGUGUAUUCCAGCCGCAGCAAAGUGUAUGUGGCCGUGGACGGCACUACGGUCCUGGAGGAUGAGGCCCGGGAGCAGGGCCGGGGCAUCCAUGUCAUCGUCCUCAACCAGGCCACGGGCCACGUGAUGGCAAAGCGGGUAUUUGACACCUACUCACCUCAUGAGGAUGAGGCCAUGGUUCUGUUCCUCAACAUGGUGGCACCCGGCCGAGUGCUCAUCUGCACCGUCAAGGACGAGGGCUCCUUCCACCUCAAGGACACGGCCAAGGCUCUGCUGAGGAGCCUCGGCAGCCAGGCCGGCCCUGCCCUGGGCUGGAGGGACACCUGGGCCUUCGUGGGACGCAAAGGAGGUCCCGUCCUCGGGGAGAAGCACUCUAAGUCACCCGCCCUUUCGUCCUGGGGGGACCCAGUCCUACUGAAGACAGACGUGCCGCUGAGCUCCGCAGAAGAGGCAGAGUGCCACUGGGCGGACACGGAGCUGAACCGGCGCCGCCGGCGCUUCUGCAGCAAAGUCGAGGGCUACGGGAGCGUGUGCAGCUGCAAGGACCCCACCCCCAUCGAGUUCAGCCCGGACCCACUCCCAGACAACAAGGUCCUCAAUGUUCCUGUGGCUGUCAUUGCGGGGAACCGGCCCAAUUACCUGUACAGGAUGCUGCGCUCUCUGCUCUCAGCCCAGGGCGUGUCUCCCCAGAUGAUAACUGUGUUCAUUGACGGCUAUUACGAGGAGCCAAUGGACGUCGUGGCGCUGUUCGGUUUGAGGGGCAUCCAGCACACCCCCAUCAGCAUCAAGAACGCCCGCGUGUCUCAGCACUACAAGGCCAGCCUCACUGCCACGUUCAACCUGUUCCCGGAAGCCAAGUUUGCUGUGGUUUUGGAGGAAGACCUGGACAUUGCGGUGGACUUUUUCAGUUUCCUGAGCCAGUCCAUCCACCUGCUGGAGGAGGAUGACAGCCUGUACUGUAUCUCUGCCUGGAACGACCAGGGGUACGAACACACGGCGGAGGACCCGGCAUUGCUGUACCGCGUGGAGACCAUGCCUGGGCUAGGCUGGGUGCUGAGGAGGUCUUUGUACAAGGAGGAGCUUGAGCCCAAGUGGCCCACGCCAGAAAAGCUCUGGGACUGGGACAUGUGGAUGCGGAUGCCUGAACAGCGCCGAGGCCGGGAGUGCAUCAUUCCUGACGUUUCCCGAUCCUACCACUUCGGCAUCGUGGGCCUCAACAUGAAUGGCUACUUCCAUGAGGCCUACUUCAAGAAGCACAAAUUCAACACGGUGCCAGGCGUCCAGCUCAGGAACGUGGACAGUCUGAAGAAGGACGCUUAUGAAGUGGAAGUCCACCGGCUGCUUAGUGAAGCCGAGGUGUUGGACCACAGCAAGAACCCGUGUGAAGACUCUUUCCUGCCGGACACCGAGGGCCACACCUACGUGGCCUUUAUCCGAAUGGAGAAAGACGAUGACUUCACCACCUGGACUCAGCUUGCCAAGUGCCUCCGUAUCUGGGACCUGGAUGUGCGUGGGAACCACCGGGGCCUGUGGAGGCUGUUUCGGAAGAAGAACCACUUUCUGGUCGUGGGGGUCCCAGCCUCCCCUUACUCGGUGAAGAAGCCACCGUCAAUCACCCCAAUCUUCCUGGAGCCGCCCCCAAAGGAGGAGGGAGCCCCAGGCGCUGCAGAACAGACAUGACACCUCCUCCAGGACCCUGCAGGGCUGGGUACUGUGUACCCCCAGGCAGGCUCGCCCUUCACCCCAUCAUGUAGGAUUUUGUAGACACUGGCAGGGGUUGGGGCUGGCUUGUUUUUAACAUGAGACUUAAUCACUAACUUCAAGGGGAGGAUUCCCCUGUCCCAGCGCCCCUGUGUCUGAGUUGGAGGUCUAUUUAUUUACUUCCUUGUUGGGAAAGGGCAGGACAGUGGCUGGGAUCCCCCCCGAGCAGCUGAUCCUGCCCUUUUAUACUCCCUCCUCCCAGGCCUGGCUCAGAAUUUAACCUAUUUAUUUACUGUCCUGAGGGCCUUCGAAACUGGGUGAAGCCGGAAGGACCUGGAUUCUUUUAUGGACUGGGGUGCUGCCCUGAGGGUGUGGCUGGCUCUCAGGAAACUGCUGAGCCCAGCUCCCAGACAGAGCCAGCAGGGGCUGCCCGCUGAUGCAGACACUCAGAGACCCUCACCCUGACCCAGGCCUCCUCUUCUCAGCCUCAUCUUUGUCCAGGUUUCCAAAGCUGGAUAAGAUGGUCAUUGAUUAAAAAAUGAGAAAAUCUC